UCUCUCUCUCUCUCUCUCUGUCUCUAAGAGUACAUCAAGAGCCUAAGCUUGCUUAGCUAUUUUGCAGCGCUGUGUUUCUUACUAAGUUAUUGCUUUGACUUUUCUGAUCUCAAAACUACAUCCAGUGAAGAAAACAAAGAUAUCACAGCUGUUGCGGUCAUUCAUCAUCGUCUGCAGGAACAUUGAGGUCAAGUUUACGUAGUAUUAAACAUCCGUCUUUCUCUGUUUUUUCAAUUUCUUGUGUUGGUCUCAAGAUUUGCAAACCUGGCAAAUCACUGGUGGACUGGUCAGUUGGGCCGGCCGGGUAUGGAUCACCAGGCAGCCAAUUCACCUAACCUGAACAACAACAGCAUAAGAGCUGGCGCCGUCGACAAUGACGAUCGCGACGAGCCUAGAAAGGUAGCCGUAGAAAUUUGUUCGAGUAGGCCCAGAGGCCGUCCUCCCGGAUCAAAAAACAAGGCAAAACCACCCAUCUUCCUGACCCGUGACAACCCAAACGCGUUCCGCGGCCACGUCAUCGAAAUAGCCAGAGGAGCCGACGUCGCAGAGAGCGUUGCGCAAUUCGCCAGAAGGCGUCAGAGAGGCAUUUGCGUGCUCAGCGGAAGUGGAACCGUGGCUAAUGUCACCCUAAGACAGCCCGCAGCACCAAGUGCUGUUGUGGCACUCCGCGGUAGGCUCGAAAUUCUCUCGCUAACAGGAUCAUUCCUACCCGAACCCGCCCCGGCUGGCACCACAGGACUAACCGUUUACUUAGCGGGCGGGCAAUGUCAAGUGGUUGGAGGGAGUGUUGUAGGGGCAUUAGUGGCAGCUGGACCAGUAAUGAUCAUUGCGGCAACAUUCACAAAUGCCACUUACGAGAGAUUGCCUCUCGAGGAUGAUGAAAAUGGAGUUCAGAUCAAAAGUGGAGGGAGUAAUACUUCACCACCACCGCCAACGGUGGCUAGUGGCGGUGGACAAUCUAGUGGAUUUCCGGAUCCAUCACUGCCACUGUUUAAUCUGCCACCGAAUUUGAUGCCUAAUGGUGGACAGUUAGGGCAUGAUGCGUAUGGUUGGGCACCUCAUCAUGCGAGGUUGCCUUACUAAAACAGUUAUGUGCAGCUCACGAAUUUACUUAGAUCGGAGUUUGAGGUUCUUUGUUAGUUAGUGAUAUUGAAUUGCAAGGUAGGAUUGAUUCCAAACAAGGUAGAGAAGAUCAAUACAUGUCUAGUAAUUAAGAAGAGAAAGAAACCAGGAAUUUCUCAUGGUGUUCAGUGUAUAACUGUAUUAUUUUCUUGUUUUAUUCAUUAAUUUAUUGUUUUUUUUUUUUUGCUUUGC